UUCAAAAUGGCGGACAAAGGAAUGAAAACUGACAGAAACCAGCAUUUUCUGAAGGUUUCACGUGCAGAUGUAGACCAACUUGUAACAGAGAUUAUGCAAUUCAAGGAAUUUUUGCCAAAGGUUUUAAAUUCUGAUCUUGUAGGGUUAUAUAAGAAACUGGAUCAUUGUGAGCAAGAACUUGAGGUCUUGGAGGCAGAGAACAGAAAGCUAAGGGUUGAGCUUGAUCAGAUGAAAAUGCACCAUGAUUCAGAGAUUGAGGCAAUGAAGAAACAAAAUAACAGCCUUCUUGAGGAUGGUGAGAGAUAUAAGGAGGAAAAAUAUGUGCUUAAGUGUCAGCUGUCAGAAGCAAGCCAACAAAUGAAUGAUCAAUCUGAUUAUUGUUCUUGUAUGGGUGCAGCCGUUUGUACUCUGCUAUGGAGAGUAUCUCGUCAGCAGGAGUCUGUUACUUCCCUGCUCGGAGGGAACAAAGCGGAAGAGUUUCUUCAAAUCACAUCACGAACUGUUGAGAGUUACUUUGACUCUUGCGCUGGAGGAGAGGAAGCGAAAGAAAACUCAGAAGAAUUUCAGUUUGUUUUGGCUCUCGUUGGAAUCAUUACAAACAUGGCAGCUGCUGCGCAAGGUCGAGAAUUCCUGGUAACGAAAGACAGUGGGCGUGUAUUGAUUGACACGUUUAUGAAAGUGCUGAGUGAAUCGUCUGCAGGAAAAAAUGUUAAGAUGAGAAAUUUGAUACUGAUGGCGUUGUAUAAUGUUAGUAUCAACAUCUCAGGGCUCCAGCACAUCACUAAAAAGCGAGGAAUUCUUGGCAACCUCAUGCAGACAAUUCAGGGGGAAAAUGAUUCUGAGCUAAGCCUUAAUGCUGCCAGACUGUUGCAGUCCAUCGUCAUGGAGCCGAACAGUUUAACAAGUGAAAUCUUUGACUCAAUUUCUUUGCCAGUGCUUCAAAACCUUGCACGAACAGCCAAGGGAGAGUUGCGUGAUACACUGUUGGAAGUAAUGUCAGACCUGCAGUCUUACCAUACUGGAUUCUAACAAUACUUUUGUGGAUUCUCAAAAACCCAAAAAACAUUACUAUCGCUUGUGUUUGACUUUAGAUAUUUAUAACGGCAAAAGGACUGAGUGGAGUCCAACUCGGUUUGUAAUCAUACGAGUGAUAAAAAAAACCAGACGACCCGAGGCGGAAGAUCCGUUUGUCAAUCACGAAUAUGAUUACAGACAGAAUUGGACAACACAAAGCCCUGUUACCAAGAAAUCAUAGCCGUUACAAUUUCCUUCUCCCUCCUCCCCCAAAAAAGAAAAAUUUAGGACAAACAUCGCCGGUAGAGACAAUGUCUAAAGUAAAAAAUUCCUCCAUUUUGGAAAUUCUCCAUUUUUGUUUCAGGAUAAGUGAUUGCUGAUAUGGUUAUUGUAAUCAAUUCUGUGAUUGGUAGAUUUAGCUUAGCGGUAUUGGUAUGAUUGGCUUCAUCAACUAUCCGA